AUGGCGUACGAGCAGGAUCGAGAUGAGUCCUUCUGGGCUCCUGGAACAGUUGCCCUUGAAGAUAUCAAUCGCUCCAGAGACCAAAUUGUUUUGUUCCCGACUCCUUCGGACGAUCCUAAUGACCCCCUCAACUGGUCCACCGCUCGCAAAGCGCUGAACUUCACAUUGACGAGCUUUUUCGUUCUAUGGACAUUCGUACAGUUAGACAUCGGCUUCACUGCGUGGGGACCCAUGGAGACGGAGCUGGGCUUUUCGGUCGAUAUAUUGAACGCAGGAGCCGCAGUCAAUUAUGGCGGCCUUGCUAUUGGAUGUAUCUUCUUUAUCCCGUUGGUCCACAAAUAUGGUCGCCGACCGAUCUACAUCUUCAGCGUUGCUCUCCAACUUGCAUCUUGUAUAUGGCAAGCGGAAAUGAAUACCGUCGGUGGAUUCAUCGGCUCUAACCUCAUCUCCGGGCUGGGUGGUGCAAUCAGCGAAAUCGUCGUGCAGAUUACUGUUGCCGAUCUGUUUUUCGUCCACCAGCACGCUACCAUGAACGGGUGGUUCGUGAUCUUCCAGUCUGCAGGAGCAUUCCUAGGCCCUGUUGCCUCUGGGUAUAUCGUUGACUCCCAGGGGUGGCGAUGGAUGUGGUGGUGGUGCGUCAUCUUCUUCGGAGUGACAUUGAUCUGUGUUCUUUUUCUCUUCGAGGAAUCAAAGUACAUUCCUGUCAUCCACGGUCAACCUGUGAUUUCACAAGUCCAGAUCGAGACGACUGAAAGCUCCAAAGAUACGAAGCAGGCUGACGAUGACGCCUUAUCAUCUAAUCCUGGGCUUGUUCACAGGGUGGCAGUCAAUCCUAGUAUCAGCAUGAAAUCGUAUCGGGAGCGCCUGGCUUGGAUCACUCCUACACCCGAGUCUGUCUGGCCUCAUUUUUAUCAGCCACUUGUGACAUUGUUCACUUUCCCGGCCGUGGCAUACGCUGCUAUCACGUAUGGGUCCACUUUAGCCUGGUUUGCUGUUAUGACCUCCUUGCAGGCGACGUACAUGCUUUAUCCUCCGUAUAACUUUGAUGCGAUCGGCAUCGGCUUGAUGAACGUAGCGCCGUUCGUUGGAGCGAUGCUCGGUUUCCCAGUUGGUGGCUGGCUGAGCGACAAGUCUAUUCUCUGGCUUUCUAAGAGAAACGGUGGUAUCUAUGAGCCGGAGAUGCGUCUAUGGCUUGCAUUGCCUGUUGCUAUUAUUAUACCAGGGUCGAUUCUGAUGUUUGGGCUCGGUCUUGCCUAUGGUGUACAUUGGUCACUGCUUGCAGUUGGAUUUGGGGUCUUCGGUUUCGGCUUCUCCGCUAUCAGCGGCAUUGCACUCUCCUAUCUUAUGGAUUGCUACCAGGAUAUCAUUGGUAACGCUCUGGUGGGUGUCAUCUUCAUGCGCAACAUCAUUUCCCUUGUUGUGCUGUUUGUAUUGACUCCAUGGGUCAACGGCAUGGGUAUGCAAAACCUGCACCUUGUUUGCACAUUCGUGGGCUUUGCUAUCUAUCUGAUCCCCAUUCCUCUUUUGAUCUGGGGGAAGAAAGCAAGGCUUUAUACGGCGACAUCUUACAAGAAGAUGGCCGAGAAGCAAGUCACCCAUCGUGCGAUAUAG